AUGGCCCGUCUCCCUGCUGCCGAGAAGCUUCCCCUUGCUCUGCGCAAGAACGUCCGGGACGAGUGGGAGAACAACAAGGCCGACCUCGAGAGCCAGCUCUCCGAAGUCCUCGGGACCGCCUGGACCAUCGAAGUGAAUCCCCUUGCCAUCUGGCCCUACCACAACGACGGCUACGCCAAGGAGUCACUCGGCUCCUGCAUCAAGGCCUACGUCGAAGGCGCCAUCUACCAACUCAAGUACCAAAGCUCCAAGCACGGCGACGAGUACAAAACCGAGAUCAACACCAUCUGCUCGGCGCACCUCCUAACCCUCGACCUGGAAGAGACCAGCCCCGCGCGCUUCUCCUACGGCGGAUGCGACGUCCACGACGGACAACUGCGCAUCCUCUUCGUGGAGGGCAGCCUCGGCACCAACAUCGACGACUGCCUGUCCGAGGACAAGCUCACCGCGGCGCUCAACGCAGCCCCCAGCGACGCGCCGCUCUCCUUCGUCGCGCGCACAUCCAUCCGCGCAGACUACGAUCCCAAGAUUGGCGAGGUGCGCGAGCAGAUUGCCACGCUGCUGGGCCAGCGCGCCGAGGACGUGAAGCUGAACGCGAACUUCGACGCCAACUUCGCGGCGCUGGACGCCGCGCGCAAGGCGGGGGACAGUUCGGUGCGGGAAGACUGGGAGGGGAAUUUGGGGUCGUUCACGCUGCAGUAUUUUGAGGGGCUGGCGUACCAGAUGAAGGACAUCAAGGUGGGGGAGGACGAGAUGGUGCAGGAGGGGGUAUUGGAGGCGGUCAGCUCGAACGAGUACGCCUUCCGCGUGGUGGACAAGCUCAAGAAUGAGACGUACUGCGAGGUGGAGAUUGAGGAGGGGGUGCUGUAUCUGCAGUGCACGCCGGGGUAUUUUGGCACGAACGUCAAUGAUGCGGCGGCGAAGCUCAUGGAUAAGCUCUGA